AGAUAUAUCGUUCACAAAGAGAAAGAAAUUCUUCUUAUUGUUAAAAUGAAUUGAUUUGGAAGAACAAAAUUCACAUAAAAAAUGUUGGUAUUGAAAUCUCUAGCUUCUUGAAAAAAGUAGAUAAUUGUUUGUUCAUCCAACCAAUAAUGAUAAACUUUUAAGUGUAUCACACUAUAAUUAUUUCCUUGCUAAUUUAGUGAUUUUUAUAGCUUUUAUCGAUCAUGAAUCGUUUAACUUCCAGUUUCGUCGUACCGCGCUUUGAAAUUAUUCAAAUCAACCGAUCAUGAUUGCUAUUUAAUUGAGCUCUGAAAACACCUCAAAUUAAAAUGUCGAAAACCUCAUUAAUCAGUUCAGGCUUAAUGUUCGUCAAUUACUUUACACUAAUAUUUCAACAGCACGUCGCAGGGCUGUACGUUCAUUCCUACAAAAAACUUAAUAAACGUGCAUGAGUUGAUUUCAGAAUAUAAAAAACGUGUACUGUACGGAUAUAAGUUAAAAAUAAGAACGAAAAAAAAGUAAGAGAAAAAAUGAAUUUACCUGACACAUUUUCCAAAGCUUUUCGUCCCAUGGCGUUAAUCAGAUUUUUAUUUGGGAUCGGCGUUGUGGAAUAUCCCGUGGGAAGACCUCACCAUUUAAUAUCAGUGGCCUGGUCAUGCUUCAACUGUAUGAUAUACGUGGGAUUUAUCAGCUUAACGAAUUUGAUGGAUUUUAAAGAUGUCGACGUUGAGGGAUCAUUUUUAGCAGCUAUAAAUUCAUACAUAAAGUUGUAUGGCUUCACAUCCUUAAUGCUCAUUUCCAUAUUUCUCUCGCAUCGACAUAAGAAGGCGAUUGAUGAUAAUUAUAGGCAAUUAGAUUACUACAACAAAAAACUUGGAGAGCUUGGAAUCCCUAAGGAUUACGAAUUGAUGUUCCGAACCCAACGUAACAUUCUCAUAAUUGCUUUUAUUGUAAUUUGCAUUUUAGUUGGUUUCAACUAUGUGCGAUCUGCUGGUGAAUCAUCUCACGUUUAUAACAUCUACCUGAUUUAUACGUUGACAUUCAACCUUAUUAUCGACUCAGUAUUCGUAACUACAAUUAGAUACGUGCAAAAUAGAUUUGUGCGACUGAAUUCCGUCCUCAUAAGGUCGACAGACAUGAAAAAAAGGAACAUUUCGAUUUCGAUGGUUACUGAUAAUCCGCAUUCCCUAUUUUCACAUUUCACACCGCUGAUAACAAACAUUUCUGACAAUCCACCACGUGAAAUUAAUAACGAAGUAAACAAACAAUGGCUAUUAUACAUAAUAGGCGAAACAAGAAAGAUACAUCGAGGUCUUUGCCAAGUAUCGACCAAAAUCAACGAACUUUACUCUAAUCAAAUGGUUCUUUUGAUUACAUGGACUUAUGGCAUCACAGCAUCGACAUCCUAUUCUCUCUAUUUAAUGAUAACAUCAGAAUGUCCUCAUGAAUCGAAUUGUGGCAUUAUAGAUAUAAGUUACUUUAUUAUGUGGAUAUGGUUCCACCUUGGAAAAUUAGCACUCGUUUUUGACGCAUGUGCAAAUACGCGUUUCGAAGCUCAACGAACCGGGGAAGUGAUCCACAUGCUAGUCGAAACUUCAUUCUACGAUAAGGACGUCCGUGAUCAGAUAAACCUACUUUCGAUACAACUGAUAAAAAACCCUCUAGAUUUUACGGUUUAUGGAUUAUUCCAAAUCGAUUCCGAAGGUAUCGCUAGGUUAGCCCUGACGAUUGUAACCUUACUGGUGAUUAUGAUUCAGUUGGGAGACCGAAAUUUCGUAAAAGAUGCUGAUGACCCAGAAAAUGGUGCAUUUAUACCGCCCAUAUCAUCCACGUUCGGAAUAAAUUUAACUCAUUCAGAUUUCAAAUUAUAAUUUUCAUUCAUAAAUUUAUAGAUUUGAUUGUGUGCGAAUAAAAUGCUGUAUAUCAAUACAUUAGUUUUAUUUUCCAAGUCUCUGCAUCUCCCGUAUUUUUAAUGACAUUAUUAAUUCGAAUGCAAUGUCAGAAUUUGGAGCAUCGAUUUGUAACGUAGAUUCGGAUUUUUUGGAUACUCAAAAUGAAAACAUAGUUUGUAUUUAUU